AUGUCUUCUCGAUACUCUGCAGCGCGGCCCAAGCGAGCGGGCGAGAACUUUGCUCGAACGCACUAUAACAACGAGGAGGACACGAAGCGAGUCAAGUUUGAUGUGCGCAAUCCGUCCAUCUUGGCUCCAGAUGCGCGAGAAGACGAUGCGGUCCUCGACGCCGACGUCAUAGGCGGCAGCGGUGCCACGAAACGAGGUGCUGUGAACCUCGACGGCUACGACAGUGAUUCAGACAAUGAGAAUUUCAACGCGCGAGCAGGCAGCCGCAAGAAGGGAACUGUCAAUAUCCUAGAGCAGCUAGACAACUACGAUGCCAAAGGAGGCAGCAACAAGGAACCGUCAGGCGGACCUAUCAACGAAGAUGACGACGAUGACGACAUGUUCGCGGCCGAAAACGACGACGAGCCAGGAAAAGAAGAAGCGAAUGGAGAGGAUGAACACUUUGAAAAGUCUGGUAGGAAGAAGAAGGACGUCAAGUUUCUCGAUAACGCCCAGAUUGAAGGCCAAGUCCCAAUGAGCAAAAGUGGCGGCACCAUCCGCCUGGACGAGCGGGAAAGCAGCGACGACGAAGACGAUCUGGAGCUUGCGAUCCAGGAAGAGGGAGUGGACGAAGAGGUAGGAGCGGGCGGCCUAAAACGCAACGCACCAAAAGUGGAAGCUUUCAACCUCAGAGAGGAAAUGGAGGAGGGCCGCUUUGAUCAAGAUGGCAACUACGUUCGAAAGGCUAACGAUCCAGAUGCUAUGCAUGAUAGUUGGCUCGAAGGCUUUAGCAAAAAGGAGAUGAAGAAGGCGGCAGCAGCGCAUGAGAAGCGCGAGGCAGAAGCUCGAGAGAGACGCAUCCAGGAAGAUGAAGUCUUGGUCUCAGAGCUGCUAGCAGCGUUGAUCCGGAGGCUAGAGAAAACAGAAACACCCUUGGAAGCUCUAGCACGGCUGGGAAAAGACAAGACAAAGACCAAAAAGAUCCCCAAGUGGAAACUCAAGAAGAUGAACAAGGGCGCAGAAGCUAUGGAAACAGAUCAAGAAGCGGCAGUCGAUCCAAAACAAGCCGAGGUUAGGCAAGCCAUCGACGCCAUUACGGAUGCGGCUGAUAAACUACUGAGCCGCGGACACGAGGAGAUCUACGAUGAAGAGAGAGAGCUGUUGGUUCGUGAAUAUCGACGGGAGACUGGAGAAGAUUGGGUCGAGGCCAAAGUGGAAGAUCAGCCGCCUGUUACCGCCGACGACGACGACGUAUCUGCUCCAGCUAGCGGCACCAAGUGGGAGUUUAGAUGGACGGACGGGCGUGACAAUGCUGCAAAGCAAGGUCCUUUUGACGGCCCCACGAUGAAAGCUUGGCAGGAUGCUGGAUACUUUGGCCAAGGCGUGGAGUUCCGAGCUAUUGGCGGAGCUGGAGACGAAGGUGCGUGGACAGCAUCGGCUGAUUUUUCAUGA